GAGGAAGCCAGCUUCAGCCUCACGAGUGUGGCUGGACACUGGCAGCUUGUCCACUCAGCUGGCCACAAUGGAGCUGUCUUAUCAGGCCAUAAAAACUGCAAAUCAGGCGAGAGAAGCCGAUGAACUGAGAACAGAGACAAGAAGAAGAAAUCUGCUUGUGCUAAUUUAUCAUCAUUUAAUGGAGGAAGGAUACAUGGACGCUGCUAAUGCCCUGGAACAAGACACUAAUUUUGGAUUGCGUCGCUUUGAAGUUUGUGACAAUGUUGACCUGGACACAAUUCUGAUGGAGUAUGAAAGUUAUCAUUUCAUCAAGUUUCAGAAAUAUCCCAAGCUAACAAAGAAACUGCCAGAACAAGGAGAGAACAGACUUGUAAGAAGCUGUGGUAAAAAGAGGACCCCAUACACAGCCCAAACACUGCCAAGAAUCGCCUCCGUCCAGCGACCCCAGUCCAGGAACAGUAUUAGAAAGCCAGAGUCUAAAGCAGCUGCGAAGGACUCAAGUAAAUCUAGCAGUUUUCAGGAGAAUGGAGCAGUUUGUGUGCCAGAAAGAGCAGAGUUUGGCCUAAAUGUGUCUCCUAUCAUCAGGAACGGAGGUGGAGAGGGCACACACAUGAAGAAGGGUCAACAGGUUGACUACAGGUGUCUGAUCCAGGACGCAGUUAAAGGAACCUCCCACGACAUUGCUUCAAAUAGUUUGUCCUGCAAUCAAGACCCCUCAGAGCGGCUGCUCAAACCCGUUAGUGCCUUCUAUGGGAUGAACCAUGAGAUGAGAGAGCUAGCGGCUGUUAUUAGCAGAGAUAUCUAUUUACACAACCCCAACGUGCACUGGGACGACAUUAUAGGCCUGGAGGACGCCAAGCGAUUAGUCAAAGAGGCUGUCGUCUACCCCAUUAAGUACCCUCAGCUGUUCACUGGUAUUCUCUCUCCAUGGAAAGGUUUACUGCUCUAUGGGCCCCCAGGCACUGGCAAGACUAUGCUGGCAAAAGCUGUAGCCACUGAGUGCAACACCACGUUCUUCAACAUCUCAGCAUCUAGCAUUGUCAGCAAAUGGAGAGGAGACUCUGAGAAGCUGGUUCGGGUUUUGUUUGAGUUAGCGAGGUAUCAUGCCCCAUCCACCAUCUUUCUGGAUGAACUGGAGUCAGUGAUGAGCCAGAGAGGUGUUGGCCAAGGAGGUGAGCAUGAAGGCAGCAGGAGGAUGAAGACUGAGCUGCUGGUUCAAAUGGAUGGACUGGCACGGUCUAAUGAUUUGGUGUUUGUGCUGGCUGCUUCAAACCUGCCCUGGGAGCUGGACCAUGCCAUGCUGAGGAGACUAGAGAAGAGGAUUCUAGUAGGUCUUCCUUCUGGCCCAGCGAGAAAAGCAAUGAUUAACCACUGGCUUCCUCCAAUCACCAACACAGGAGGGGUGGAGCUUCGGACUGAGCUAGCCUAUGACAUUCUUGCACAGGAAACGGAGGGUUAUUCCGGCUCAGAUAUCAGACUUGUUUGUAAAGAAGCUGCAAUGAGGCCUGUCCGGAAGAUUUUCGAUGCCCUGGAGAAUCACUGUGAGGGUCAGUGCGAUAUGCCAUUUAUUGAGCUAGAAACGGUGACCACAGCAGAUUUCCUGGAGGUGAUCGCUCACACCAAACCAUCAGCCAGGAACUUGACAGACAGAUUCUCGGCCUGGGAGAGAGAGUAUGAGUCUGUCUGAGCUUAGAACCUAAACUGUUAUCACAACAACUACGCUAUGUUUUUUUUACUGCACACCAUGCAAUUUAUUUUUUAUGUGACUCAUUACACCUGUCCAUCUUCUUAGU